CUGCGCUGCUCGCGAAAGGGCAGGCGUCGCGGGCCUGGCCACUUCCGCACUUCCGCUUUCCGGCCCAGCCAGCGCCCGCGAUGACUGCCACUCUCCGCCCCUACCUGAGUGCCGUGCGGGCCACACUGCAGGCUGCCCUCUGCCUGGAGAAUUUCUCCUCCCAGGUCGUGGAACGACACAACAAGCCGGAGGUGGAAGUCAGGAGUAGCAAAGAGCUCCUGUUACAACCUGUGACCAUCAGCAGGAAUGAGAAGGAAAAAGUUCUGAUUGAGGGCUCCAUCAACUCUGUACGGGUCAGCAUUGCUGUGAAACAGGCUGAUGAGAUUGAGAAGAUUUUAUGCCACAAGUUUAUGCGCUUCAUGAUGAUGCGAGCAGAGAACUUCUUUAUCCUUCGAAGGAAACCGGUAGAGGGGUAUGACAUCAGUUUUCUGAUCACCAACUUCCACACAGAGCAAAUGUACAAACACAAGUUGGUGGACUUUGUGAUCCAUUUCAUGGAGGAGAUCGACAAGGAGAUUAGUGAGAUGAAGCUGUCAGUCAAUGCCCGCGCCCGCAUCGUGGCUGAGGAGUUCCUCAAGAAUAGAGGCGGCGGCGCGCAGCGCGGGGAGGGUGCGCGCGGCGAGGGGCGCAUGCGGGGCAGCUGCGCGGUGCUGGUCCUGAGUGCGGGGGAGGUGGGGGCCGCACACCCGGAUUCCGCUACCUGGUGCAGCCAUAAGGGCGGCCCGCUGUGCCGCUGGCUGCGGAAAUCGCAGCCGCGGGAGCCACGAACCAGUUCCCCAGUCUCAUGGACCUGGGCGCGCCACUCUGAGUUCCGGCCUCUAGGGACUCUGCGAUGGCCCAGGCCCGCCUCCGCCCUGCCGGACGGGGCUCACGCAGGAGGCAAACGCUCGGAUGGCAGUCCCGCCUCUGCGCGCUGCCUAGACGGUGCCUUCGAGUCGCUCGCCCACGGCACCCACGCUCAGUGCGCCGCGGAGCUACGCCUCAUCAGGCCCCCGCACACCCGGGCCUUGGAUGAUGCCCUGCCGCAGGACAGUUCCCUUAUCCACUGGCCAGGAUUCUCCAAGGCGUCUCACCACAUGGGCCGGCUCAGAAACGCCAGGAUCCACGUGGAGAGAGCUGUCAAGGGGCUGAGCAGGGUAUCCCCUGCCCUGGGAGCAGAGGACUUCUGGCUGACAGCUGCCCGCAACGUUCUCAAGCUGGUGGUAAAAUCUGAAUGGAAGUCACACUCUAUCCAGGCAGAAGAGAAAGAGGCCCCAGGAGACAAGCAACCCAAGAAACAGGAGAAAAAGUCGGUGAUGAUAUCCCCAGAGUUCGUGGAUGAAGCUCUGUGCGCCUGCGAGGAGCACCUUAGCAACUUGGCCCACCUGGACAUUGACAAGGACCUGGAGGCCCCGCUGUACCUCAGCCCUGAGGGCUGGUCCCUCUUCCUCCAGCGCUACUACCAAGUAGUCCACGAGGGGGCAGAACUCAGGCACCUCGACACACAAGUCCCACGCUGUGAGGACAUCCUGCAGCGGCUGCAGGCCGUGGUGCCCCAGAUGGACAUGGAAGGAGAUCGCAACGUCUGGAUCGUGAAGCCGGGAGCCAAGUCCCGUGGCCGAGGCAUCAUGUGCAUGGACCACCUGGAGGAGAUGCUGAAGCUGGUGGAGGGCAACCCCGUGAUGAUGAAGGAUGGCAAGUGGGUGGUGCAGAAGUAUAUUGAGCGGCCCCUGCUCAUCUUUGGCACCAAGUUUGACCUGAGACAGUGGUUCCUGGUGACCGACUGGAACCCACUUACUGUGUGGUUCUACCGUGACAGCUACAUCCGGUUCUCCACACAGCCCUUCUCCCUGAAGAACCUGGACAACUCUGUGCACCUGUGUAACAACUCCAUCCAGAAGCACCUGGAGAAUUCAUGCCAUCGGCACCCGCUGCUGCCCUCAGACAACAUGUGGUCAAGCCAGAAGUUCCAGGCCCACCUGCAGGACAUGGGGGCCCCGAAUGCUUGGUCCACCAUCAUCGUGCCUGGCAUGAAGGCCGCAGUGAUCCAUGCUCUGCAGACCUCCCAGGACACCGUGCAGUGUCGGAAGGCCAGCUUUGAGCUCUAUGGUGCUGACUUUGUGUUUGGUGAAGACUUCCAGCCCUGGCUGAUAGAAAUCAAUGCCAGCCCCACCAUGGCGCCCUCCACAUCUGUCACCGCGCGGCUCUGUGCCGAUGUGCAAGCUGACACCCUGCGUGUGGUCAUCGACUGGCGGCUGGACCGCAACUGUGACACGGGAGCCUUCGAGCUCAUCUACAAGCAGCCCUUUACCAUUUUCCCAGCCUUCACACCAAGGCCCAGCUGCCUUCUCCCCAUGUGCUCCAACCCCAGGGGCGGGUCCUCAGACUGCAGCACAGCAAGCUGGUGGGCUCUAAGGCCCUGUCCAUCACAGGCAAGGCCUUGAUGCUUCUACCUACCGCCAAGGUUUUGAUUUCUCUCCCGCCUAACUCUGAGCUCAAGCAGGCGCCCGACGUCCUGAAAUCAAGAAAGGUGGGCCUCAAACU